UGGGAGAAUCGGCCCGGUGAAUUUGCGCGCGCGCGUGCGUGUACUCUACGUCCGUUGAGCAGAAGAGUUGGGGACGCGGGAGGCGUCCCUCGUCGCAACGCUGGAGGACAAGAUGACUGGAUCAAAUGAAUUUAAGCUGAACCAACCUCCAGAAGAUGGAAUCUCAUCAGUGAAAUUCAAUCCAAACACAUCUCAGUUUUUGCUUGUUUCUUCUUGGGACACAUCUGUUCGAUUAUAUGAUGUUCCUGCCAACACCAUGAGACUCAAGUAUCAACACACUGGAGCAGUACUUGACUGUGCUUUUUAUGACCCUACACAUGCCUGGAGUGGAGGAUUAGAUCGGCAGCUGAAAAUGCAUGACUUGAACACUGAUCAAGAAAAUCUUGUUGGCAGUCACGAUGCUCCUAUAAGAUGUGUUGAAUAUUGUCCAGAAGUGAAUGUAAUGGUAACAGGAAGUUGGGAUCAAACAGUCAAGUUAUGGGAUCCAAGAACACCUUGUAAUGCUGGAACAUUUUCUCAGCCUGAAAAGGUAUAUACAUUAUCUGUAUCUGGUGACAGAUUGAUAGUGGGAACAGCUGGUCGAAGAGUUCUGGUGUGGGACUUACGGAACAUGGGCUAUGUUCAGCAGAGAAGAGAAUCAAGUCUUAAAUAUCAGACCCGUUGCAUCAGGGCAUUUCCCAACAAACAGGGCUAUGUGUUAAGCUCCAUAGAAGGUCGGGUUGCAGUUGAAUAUUUGGACCCAAGUUUGGAGGUGCAGAAGAAAAAAUAUGCUUUCAAAUGCCACAGAUUGAAGGAGAAUAACAUUGAGCAGAUUUACCCCGUCAAUGCCAUCUCUUUUCAUAAUGUCCAUAACACAUUUGCUACAGGUGGUUCUGAUGGCUUUGUCAAUAUUUGGGAUCCGUUCAACAAAAAAAGACUCUGCCAAUUUCAUCGGUACCCUACCAGUAUAGCUUCACUAGCUUUCAGUAAUGAUGGGACUACUCUUGCAAUAGCAUCCUCAUAUAUGUAUGAAAUGGAUGACAUUGAACAUCCUGAAGAUGGUAUCUACAUUCGCCAAGUGACUGAUGCAGAAACAAAACCCAAGUCAACUUAAUCUUGAUCAGAAACUUCUAGCAAAACAAACUAAUCCUUUGAUUAAAUGAAGAUGUUUCAAUGUUGUUGUCAUAAUGUUUUCAUUGGCUAUAUUGUAAAUCUUUUUUUAAAAAACAGCCAAGAAUUGUUAAUUUUUGUUCACCUGAUUUUGAAAUAUAUCUUUAAGCCAGUUCAUUCUUUUGAAAUGUGACAGUUGAAUUUUUGUAUAGAUUAAUGGUGGCCUAAUUGUUUGAAUAAAUAUUUUCAACCCUCUCUCUCUCUCACCCCCCUUCUAUCCUAAAAGUCCUACUUUCAACAGCAGUGGUGGUAAAUAUUAAAUCCUGAAUUUAAUAAUGGCAUCGUUUUUGGUGUACUGGGCUUGUACAUCAGCAACAAUAUGAUGAAGAAAACAUUUUGACUUUUUUCAAGCAACUUAAAUUUAAUGGCUGUAACUCUAACCCUUCCCUGUUUAUUUUUUUAUUGUAAUUAAGUUCUGUGGUCAGCAGGUUUACGAAAGUAUGUCCUGCAGAUUUAAGGAAUUUAUAGCAUAAAUUGAAAUUUUAUGGUCAUUGUUAAUGACCGGUGUCUACUUUUGAAAUUUGAUUCCUUGGAAAAAAGUAUAUUUUGUCUUUAAAUAAGCACCCAGUUCCACAACAGAUAUUUGUAUCAGAUAAAAACAAUUGUUUCUACAAAUGUGUUGUUACUUGCAGAAUAUUAAUUUGAAAUAUAAUAAAUUCAGGAUAGAAUUGUAAAUUCUAUAUGGCUAAAAUUUAAAAUACAUAGACUUUCUUAAUUCUUGAAACAAUUUUCAUUUACAACUAGAAUUAAAUACUGAUGGCAAUAAAAUAUGCAAUUAAAAAAAGUAAAGAGAUUGCUAAGAAUAUCGAUCCAUAGAAUCCAUGUGAAAAUUUUGAUAAAUAAUUAUUUGUAGAUCCCAAAUUGUGCCUUCUUUGAAACUUUUCCUAAAAUUUUAUUUUUUGGGGAGGAAGCUUUGGAUAUUUUCUUUUGUUACUUAAACUUUAUUAAUCUGAUUUUAGGAUGUAAUUUUCAGUUUUUAUUUCCCCCUUCAAAAUGUUUUCAGAUUACAUUAGUGGUUUUUAGAGGGGCAUUUUUGGUGAUAAAGUUUGUUCACCUUUGCUCUAGAAUUAGUAAUAGUUUACAUAGUUAUAGAACAGGUUUAGUAUCUAUGUUUAUUAGUAAUCUUUACCACAACAUUGGAUCAUCUGAUUAUCUUUCUGUAAUUGUCCCAAUAUCCUAAUGGUUAGUUUCUGCCUUGGCUGUGUGAUUCAGAUAUCCCUGAAAAUAUAUUUCAAGAAAAGUAUCAACUAUUCUGUUUCCAUUAAAAAAGUUAUCAAUGUA